UCUUUAUUGGUCAAUCCCUCUGGCUUUUUUGCUUACCUCAUCAUCGCCGGUCUGCUUAGCUGUUUACAUCUGUUAUGUGCUUUCCUCACCAGAUGUGUCGUACGCUUGUUGCUAGCAAGCUAAAGGUUAAUGAGGCAGCGGUUCGGUGUUUUCCGUACCGAGGUGGAUCUAAAACUCUACACGCUGCUGCUGGAGGGAGAAAUGUGCGCAGAAGAACAGGCACUCGAGGGGUUUCUGUUUUAUUAUGGGGUAAAUUUUUUAAUGGGAUUUUGACUCAGCAAAGUAAUUAAAUUAGACUUGACAGAAAGCUGAGAUACAACACCUCGCUUACGUUUCAGAGUAGCUAAUUAGGUGUCCAAAUGUGAUGUGAUGAAGUGGAGAAAUGCGGCGAUGAAACCCGUUUUUUGUCCUGUGCUGUGGUUCUGUUUCGGUUUUCAUUUAUCCCCAGAUGCUCCUCCUGGCUUUGACACAUCUCUCCACUGUCACCUGAUUACAGGGAAUCUGACACCGAGAUGAAGAGGGAAUUUCUUUUUGUCCUACCUCCUACGCGGGCAACAUUUAACUUACUGAGUGGAAACGCUUCAUGAUAAGUUUAUAAAAAGACAGUAACAUGUUAAAAAGGGAACCGAAAACUGAUCUGUUGUCAUUCAGCUGUGUUCAGCUACUCCCAGAGUGGAAAAAGUUCGUCUAGUUAUACCGGUAGUGUAUUCAACUAUAUCUUACCCCUGUCGAGAGCUGAUUGAGGCGUGUGGUGCCGACACUUUCCUUUAAACUGUUUUGUGUCUCGCGAGCCACAAUGUCGGACACAGAGAGGUCUCUGCCAGCCCUCAGGAGGCUCUGCUAUGCGGUGGGACACUUUCUCAACGACCUGUGUGCCUCUAUGUGGUUCACAUACCUACUGGUGUUCUACCACUCAGUACUGGGAUUCAACAACACAUAUGCAGGUGUGUUGCUGCUGGUUGGGCAGAUAGCUGAUGGCAUCUGUACGCCUCUCAUUGGCUAUGAGUCUGACCGAACCCCUGGCUGUGGCAACUAUGGCAAAAGGAAGACAUGGCAUUUAGUGGGUACACUGAGCGUGGUGCUAUCCUUUGCUUUCAUCUUCAACCAGUGUCUGGGCUGUAGCUCAUUCACCCCCCAGUGGGCCAGUUUGAUCUACUUCGUCCCGUUCAUCAUCAUCUUUCAGUUUGGCUGGGCCGCCACCCAGAUCUCCCACCUGUCUCUCAUUCCAGAGCUGGUCUCCUGUGAGCACGCUAAAGUAGAACUCACUGCAUACCGAUACGCGUUCACAGUGAUAGCCAACAUCACAGUGUAUGCAGUAGCUUACCUGCUGUUCCACGUGCAGGCCGGAGGGGACGAAGAUCCGCUCAGUGAUGCACUUGGACCAGUCGAUAUCCCCGUCUUCAGGAAUCUGGCGCUGAUUGUGCUGGGCAUUGGCGCUCUCUUCUCCCUCCUCUUCCACCUGGGAAUCAAAGAGAGGAGAGCUGGAGCAGGAGGAGAGGCUGGAGAAGAGGAGGGGAGGAGUAGGGAGAGGAUGGAGGAGGAAGAGGAGGAGGAGGGGGAGCGGAGGCCUCUGCUUCCUCGCCAUAAAACCUCCGCGUCUCCUCUGCAGUGGAAAUGUUGGCUGCAGCAGCCCUCUUUUUACCAGGUGGCCUUACUCUACAUGUCAACCAGGUUAAUGGUCAAUCUGUCUCAGACAUACAUCUCAAUGUAUCUCAUCAACACUCUGGGGCUGCCCAAGAAGUUCAUUGCAACCAUCCCAUUAGUGAUGUACGUGAGUGGCUUCCUGUCCUCCUUCAUCAUGAAGCCUGUCAGUAAGCUUAUUGGAAAAUGUCUCACCUACUUCAUAGGCCUCUUGCUGAUCAUGGCCUUCUCCUACUGGGUGCUAUUGGAUGACAAGAUGGGCCAGUGGGUGUAUGGGCCUGCUGUGCUGCUGGGGGCGGGGUCCGCCACCAUCCUGGUCAUAUCGCUCUCCAUGACUGCUGAGCUCAUCGGCAAUCAGACACAAAGUGGAGCAUUUGUGUACGGAGCCAUGAGUUUCACUGAUAAAGUGGCUAAUGGAGUGGCUGUGAUGAUCAUUCAGACUCUGCAUCCCUGCCAUACUGUGGUGUGCUGUCCUGCCUGUGUGUGGUUCUAUCACUACGUCAUGGUCAUAGUAACAGGAGGCAUGGCAGUUGUCGCAGCUUUAACGCUCUGCUCCAUCCUCAUCUGGCCAAUACAGAUCAGACCACGUGGUCUGACAGUCAUCUCUGAUGAUGCAGCCAGAGUCAACUAACAAUCCCUCCCCCACCUUCCCGCCAACUGACACCGCAGGGUACAUCAAGGAAACACAAAUCCUGGGCCAGUCUCAGCUGGACAGGAAGUGCUUUCACUUUUGUUUCUUUUUAAGAUUCAUCUCUAGUUUUUCAGGGAAGAGCAGCAGGGGGGGAUCCCUGACUGGCUGCUCGACUGGUGCACUUUAUGUGGCACAUUUAGCACUUCUGAUCAAGUUACAGGAGUGAGCAGGGAAACCAGAGGAACUGAUAGGGAGAUUUUUUAUUUUAUGCCUUACUGACAGUUCUGGCCAUUUUCAAAACUAGAUCUUGUUUUCCAACCGUUUUUCAAUAAUUUUUAUAUUGCAGCACGGUAAUUACAAAAAUCAGGUUAUUAUAGGUUAAUUUUAUUGUAGUGACAUGAAUAAUUCGACAGGCAGUAGCUGUCCUGACUCCACCUUAAUUGAUGGAUUUUCACGUUUUUUCGUGGGGAUGCGUCGUUGAGUCAAUUUGUGCCACCCUGGACUAAUUCCUUAUAAAUUGCAUCUAACCCUUUUUUUGAAUAUGCAAUUGCGUUGCCUCUAAAAUUCACUUAGUGUUCUGUCUGAUUCUGAACACACAGUACUGUGUUAAGUCAACAGCGCUGGUAUGAAUUUAUCGGCAGUGAUAGUAAGAAGGGCCAGAUUAGUAUAACCAUGCUGUAUAAAUAUGAUUGGCUGUUACUAAUCAGCAGGUAGGCAGGUAGGUAACAGAUGACUGAGCAUGGAGCAUGAAUGAAGCAUGUCUUCAGCUCUCAUCCAUAAUGUUGGUCCAUGCAUCACUAUAUUUUGAUACACAUUCAUUCCAAUCGUAAUAUUUUCAGUAUUUUACACAUUCUUUGUCACAUAUUCAGUUGUAGAAUCCUAUCACAGAACCCAACCAACACACAAAACAGCUACAUGAUAGCUAACAUCUAUACAGGCCCGCAGAUAUAGCGGGAGUGGAAUGAAGAAUAAUAGGUCAUUGAUUGUAUAGAUUCUUUACACACUGCAGUAUUGUGACCACAGAACUGUGAGCAGGAACAUGCUUUGGAUGCUUUACGGGUUGAUUUUGCUUCAUGAUUUUCCAUGGUACGACAUCAGCUACAGCUUGUAAACAAUUAUACACAACUUUGGAAAAUGAUGGGAAAACAAGAUCCAGUGUCCACAGCAUGUCUGCGGAGAAAUACGAGGAAACACUGGGAACAGACUGACCUGUUCCUGGCAGAUACCUCACCUGACUGCAGGCUUUAGCUCAUCUUAAGUGGAUCACUUCAGAAGGGAACUGCUAUCCUGUGGCUGCACAAACGGACAUCAGAGUCUACAGGAUGGUGAGGAAAACCAGCUAUAGUGUGAGAUGUAUUCAAGGGAUUAAGCUCAGAAACACCAAAGAAGAAGCAGGGAGCAUUUUAAAUCCAGUCAGUACUUGCUGCUGAUGUGACACAUAACUACAUUCCAAAAUCAUUCCUGAGAUUCUAAAUGGGGUGGUUAAUUAAGAGAUCAUUACACUAUAUUUCCUCCACAAGUAGGACACAGUGAAAAGCCACUACAUUUACACAGACUGUCACUGGAAACAUGAAAACUGAGUCAGAAAUCCAGACGGUCAUGAAGACGAGAAUUAAGGCCUUUAACAAAAAGUUCAACAAUGUCACUUGAAUGUUACUGCAGCAGCAAACGCAACCUCAGAAUAGGUAUGGGACGAUAUGAAUAUUUCAUGUCAAGUUUGUGCUGGCCAAUAUUUUACAGAAAAUCAUCAAAGUAUGCUUAAAACUCUAAAAUUGCACUAAAACAUACUGGAAUCACUUUACCUUACAUUUUGUUAAGAAACAUACAUUUUUAUUACUUCAGAUAGGGCACACUUCUUCUUUUAGUGAACAUCCUUUUAAGUGAAAAACAAACUAUCUUGAAAAGCCAAGCUUCUCAAUUAUUUGAAACAGCAUUAUAUAUUUUAAUAUGAAAUGUGCUCGAUAAGGAUCAUCUGUGUUUUGUUUUUUUUGUUUGUUUUAAGGUUGGUGCGUACACAGCUUGUUUCUGCAGAGUCUCUUUUAUUGUUGGUUGCCCAGCAGUCUCUCUGGCUGCUGCUGUUCGUUAUUUUCCCCGAUAAUGGAAAUUCACCGUGAUCAACUUACUGUGAUUUUAAUGCGAUCCGCAAUAAAUUCGUAUAUCCUCCAAGCAGCAACCUCGUGGGCUGACCAAAAGCUGCAGUUCCUUUAAUGUCCACUUGAGGCUGGCUCCGAGAGCAAGUCAAUCCUCAUAGACACUCAUGCUAAAAUGCCCAAUUUUACAGCAGAAAUGAACAUGUUUACAGGCUGGUCCAAAAACAGUUUUGGUCUCUAUAGCUAAUUUCAACAUUCAUUGCUGUACCGUGUGUGAAUUUUUAUAACUCACCAGUUUAAAUGUUAGUACGCAUUAAAGCUAUACAUAAUUAAGGGCGUGGCCACUUUGUUACAGUUGCUGUCUGUUGACAAAUCGCUGCCACAGCGACAACAUUGGUGAGAUAACAUAAUCAUGGCGUAACCCUAGAUCCACAGAGUAAUUGGCGUAGGCGUUGCCGUCGCCAUUUCAUUGGGUUUUCAGUCCAUGAAUGUUGAGUGUAACGUUUCGAUUGUCUAAAAAAGUCUUGCUAAAAAAAACACACAAAAAAAACCCCUCCAAUAAGUCGGAUAUUCAGUCUUUCUGAUAAGUACGUUUUGUUUUAAUGCUUUUGAGCCUGUCUUUCUCUAGCAAAAAUUAGCAUUGUUACACUUAACCAUAGCUGUAAAUGCUUUGUGCAAAUCAUGCUAGCAGCUAGCAUUAGGGUAAGGGCCACCCUCUUGGUCAAAUAUGGUCACUUCUGGCUCCUAAACUACAAGUCAAAAUGCCAAAGUCUGGUCCACAAACCAAUGGGGGAUGUGACGUUGCGGUGGCUAUGUCCAUUAUUUUAUACACUCUAUGAUAUCGUCCCAUUCCUACCUGAGAAUAAGUUAACUUUUUCCUAAGUUCAGCAGAUAGGGAGGCAUUACUGUACUGCCUGUUGACUCAUUUGACAUCAUACACAUAACUUGUAUGUGAGCCAUAUGGAACAACACGUUAUGAUAUGAUCAUAUUUCUAUUUGAAUCAUUUUUCUUUGUACAGUAUUUUCUCUUUUCACAAUAAAGUGCUCCAGGGAUGAUGUUUUUCAGUAGGCCAACUUGGAAGUUAGCAUCGCACUGGUUCCCUUGUCAAAGUCUAUGGGAUUUUUCCAUUGGAGUUUGGAUUAUUGCAGAAAAUAAACUCUGGCAAACAAAUGUUUCUGAUACACGUUUUGUUCAGCAAGAUAAUCUUCACAAAUGAACACCACUUUCAUGAUUAUUAAAAAUUAAAUGCAAUCACCAGAAGUAAAAAGCUAACAUUAAGCUAUAAAUAAACUACCCCACUGUCACAUGAUUUAACAUCCCUACCACGAUGAAGCCGUAAAGCCAUGUAGGCAUGAUGACUUCUGUCAUCUUAUUUUGCCACUUGUUAGCAACCGUCUUUUUCAAAAAUUUACGAGUGGGACAUUUAUGGACCUAUUUUAUGUUGUAGAGCAAGACAUCAAAGUCUUUUAGGCUUGUGUGAACUACACACCUUAUAUCAAUCAUCCAACCACAAAUUCAUUCAAAAAGCCCAUUAACUAUGAGACGAGGGAACCAUCAGUGCCAAAAUGCUAACUCAGUUCCAGGUUUUAGCACCCAUUACUGGGGCAACUCUAUCACGGACCAAAUGGAACAAAAUAAAUAAUUUUAUGUAAUCAAAAGAAACUUGAAUAGUAGAAAUAUAUUUGACAUAAAAUAACUUAAAGGGAUCAAUGCUAUGUGUAUUCAUAUAAUGUAAGAAUACCAAUAUAAGGGAAGUAUACUGAUAAAUGAUUGAAACAGGCACUGGUGUUUGACUGGGAGCUGUGGGAAAAUGUGUGUUCAGUUCCAGUUGAGUAGAGUGUUUGUCAUGUCCAGCCAGCCCUGUGCCAAAGCUCUCUGUGACUUGCGUGAUAAUCUCUCAUCCUGAUUGUUUAUAUUUAUGUUUUUACUUCCUUUUUAUGUCUUUGUUGCCUCAGAGACUUCUGUGAUUCUACAUGUGUUCGGGGUUGUUUUAUAAAGAGACACUCAUUAAAACAAGUUUCAUAAGGUGCAACUCGA